UUUUUUUUUUUUUGGUUGGGGGGGGGGUUGUUUUGGCGGAACACGAGGACGGAGCCAAUGACGGGGAUAUAAUGUCCUCUCCUCUCCGGCGCCGUGAGGAGGAAGACGAGGGCAUGGUGGUUCGUUCCGAGGGAGGAGGUUUCGACGAAGACGACGACGGCGGCGGUGGAGACGGAGACCUGGACGAGGACGCAAGCGACAUAAACUCGCCGGCGGCGCCUCUGGAAACUGCAACACCAGCCGCGCCAGUCGAAGAGGCAGAGCUAUCCGACAGAGAGGUCCCGUGCAGGAAGAAAGGACGGCCCAAGAAAAAGAAGGACGCAAAGAAGAAGGACAAAGAGGGGAAGCCUGCCAAAACAAAAAAACGCAAGAAGAUUGACAGCGAUGUAGAGAGAGACUCGGACAGAGAGAGAGGCCACGGCGAGAACUCGGACAGUGUCGCUAGCGACUAUGGAUCCGGUGAGAAGAAGAAAAAGAAGAAGCAUAAAGAACGGAAAGAAAAGAAAACCAAGAAGAAGAAAAAAGAUGACGGGGACCGAGACAGCAGUCAAGAGGAGACCACAAAGCAGCCCACGGAGCAGAAGAACUCGGCCCAGCUGGCGAAGGAGUGGGGUCUGGAGGAUGUUGAUCAUACCUUCACUGAGGAAGACUACAGGGAACUCACCAACUACAAAGCCUUCAGCCAGUUCAUGCGGCCGAUGAUAGCCAAGAAGAACCCCAAGAUCCCCAUGUCAAAGAUGAUGACCAUCUUGGGGGCCAAAUGGAGGGAGUUCAGCUCGAACAACCCCUUCAAGGGCAACGCCGCCGCGGUUGCGGCAGCUGCCGCGGCCGCUGCCAUCGCUGUCGCCGAGCAGGUCUCUGCGGCGACCGCCUCGCCUGAGCCGCCGCCACCGCAGCCGCUACCACCGAUCAGAAAGGCCAAGACGAAAGAGGGCAAAGGCCCUGGCUACAAGAAGCGCAGCAAAAGCCCUCGAGUCCCUGACAAGAAAAAGGCUCAAGCAAAGGCUAAAAAGAUGGCACCCAUUCGUAUCAAACUGUCGCCCAUCGGCGCCAAGAGGAAGAAGAGCUGCUCAAGCGAGGACGUGGAUGAGGACGAGUCCGAGCAGGAGGACUCCAGCGUUCACAGCUCCUCGGUGCGCUCCGACAGCUCGGGUCGCGUGAAGAAAAACAAGCGAGGGCGGCCUGCCAAGAAGAAGAAGAAGAUGUCGUCUCCUGCCCACCUCCCAGUCCCCGGUGAAGAGGAGGGGGAGGGCUACGAGACGGACCAUCAGGACUACUGCGAGGUGUGUCAGCAGGGCGGAGAGAUCAUCCUGUGUGACACAUGUCCCCGAGCUUACCACCUCGUCUGCCUUGAGCCGGAGCUGGACAAGGCCCCCGAAGGCAAAUGGAGCUGCCCACACUGCGAAAAAGAAGGAAUCCAGUGGGAGGCGAAGGAUGAGGAAUUCGAGGACUUCGAGGAGGACAGCGAGGACAGAGUGAUAUCAGAGGUCGCGGUUGGGGUACCCACCGGGGCCGAGGAGGAGGAUGACGACCACAUGGAGUUCUGUCGGGUGUGCAAAGACGGAGGUGAACUGCUGUGUUGCGACACCUGCACCUCGUCCUACCACAUCCACUGUCUGAACCCGCCGCUGCCAGAGAUCCCCAACGGAGAGUGGCUGUGUCCAAGAUGCACGUGUCCGCCGAUUAAAGGUCGCGUCCAGAAGAUCCUCCACUGGCAUUGGGGAGAACCUCCGCCUCCCAUUCCUGUUCCCCCGGCUCCCGACGCCCCACCCGACGCCCCUCCGCCACCACCCAUGAAGGGCAGAGCCGAGCGGGAGUUCUUUGUCAAGCUGGUCGCGCAGUCCUACUGGCACUGCACAUGGAUCACUGAGCUCCAGCUGGAGAUCUUCCACUCGGUGAUGUACAGAAACUACCAGAGGAAGACGGACAUGGACGAGCCUCCGAGUCUGGAUUAUGGCUCAGGAGCCGAGGACGAGAACGGAGUGGGAAAGAGCGAAAAGAGGAGGGCCAAGGAUCCUGAGUACGCAAUCAUGGAAGACAAGUACUACAAAUAUGGCAUCAAGCCCGAGUGGAUGAUGAUCCACCGUAUCAUCAACCACAGUUUGGACAAGAAGGGGAUGUACCACUACCUGGUCAAGUGGCGUGACCUGACCUACGACCAGUGUACCUGGGAGAGAGACGACCUGGACAUCCCUGAUUUUGCAAUUUACAAGGCCAACUACUGGAGGCACAGGGAUGCAAUAAUGAAGGAGGAUCCAGACAAAUCCAGGAGGAUGAGGAGCAAGAACCAGGAGGGUGAAGAGGAGUCUCCUGUCUCGCCCGUCACUGACCCAACGAUAAAAUACGACGAGCAGCCAGACUUUGUCACAUCGACAGGUGGGACGCUGCAUCUGUACCAGCUGGAGGGUCUGAACUGGCUGCGGUUUUCCUGGGCGCAGGGCACCGACACCAUCCUAGCAGAUGAGAUGGGCCUGGGCAAGACCAUCCAGACCAUCGUCUUCCUCUACUCGCUGUUCAAAGAGGGACACACCAAGGGCCCGUUCCUGGUCAGUGCUCCGCUCUCCACCAUCAUCAACUGGGAGAGGGAGUUCGAGAUGUGGGCCCCUGAUUUCUACGUGGUGACUUACACGGGAGACAAGGACAGUCGAGCGAUUAUCAGGGAGAACGAGUUGUCCUUCGACGACACUGCCGUCAGAGGAGGAAAGAAGGCCUUUAAACUGAGGAGGGAUGUUCCGAUUAAAUUCCACGUGCUGCUGACUUCCUAUGAGUUGGUGACCAUCGACCAGACGGCGCUCAAGUCCAUCGACUGGGCCUGUCUGGUGGUGGACGAGGCUCACCGCCUGAAGAACAACCAGUCCAAGUUUUUCCGGCGGCUGAACGACUAUAAGAUCGACCACAAGCUGCUGCUGACGGGAACUCCUCUUCAGAACAACCUGGAGGAACUGUUCCACCUGCUCAACUUCCUCACGCCCAACCGCUUCAAUAACCUUGACGGAUUCCUGGAAGAGUUCGCCGACAUCUCCAAGGAGGACCAGAUCAAGAAGCUCCACGACCUGCUGGGGCCUCACAUGCUGCGGAGGCUGAAGGCCGACGUCUUCAAGAACAUGCCCGCCAAAACUGAGCUGAUUGUUAGAGUGGAGCUGAGCCCCAUGCAGAAGAAAUACUACAAGCUGAUUUUGACCAAAAACUUUGAGGCUCUGAACUCAAAGGGUGGAGGAAACCAGGUCUCCCUGCUCAACAUCAUGAUGGACCUAAAGAAGUGCUGCAACCACCCCUACCUCUUCCCUGUUGCCUCCAUGGAAGCGCAGAAAACGCCGAGCGGUGCUUACGAGGGGACGGCCCUCACUAAGGCUUCUGGGAAACUGACAUUGAUGCAGAAGAUGCUGAGGAAGCUGAAAGAGCAAGGGCACCGAGUACUGGUCUUCUCACAGAUGACUAAAAUGCUGGACUUAUUAGAAGACUUCCUGGACUACGAAGGCUACAAGUAUGAGAGAAUCGACGGAGGCGUCACGGGAGCGCUGAGACAAGAGGCCAUUGACCGCUUCAAUGCUCCUGGUGCUUGCCAGUUUUGUUUCUUGCUCUCCACCCGAGCCGGAGGUUUGGGCAUCAACUUGGCCACAGCCGACACAGUCGUCAUCUUCGACUCGGACUGGAACCCUCACAACGACAUACAGGCGUUCAGUCGAGCCCAUCGAAUCGGACAGGCCAACAAGGUGAUGAUCUACCGCUUUGUGACCCGGGCCAGCGUGGAGGAGCGGAUCACCCAGGUUGCCAAGAGGAAAAUGAUGCUGACCCACCUGGUGGUCCGGCCGGGCCUGGGAUCCAAGGCCGGCUCCAUGUCCAAACAGGAACUGGACGACAUCCUCAAGUUUGGAACAGAGGAGCUCUUCAAGGAUGAGGGAGAAGGUAUGAAAAAUAAUGCUGGGGAUAAAGUUGAGGACGAGGGCAAUGUGAUCCACUACGACAGCACUGCCAUCGAGCGGCUGCUGGACCGAAGCCAAGACGCCACGGACGACUCGGACGUCCAGAACAUGAACGAGUACCUCAGCUCCUUCAAAGUGGCCCAGUACAUGGUCCGAGAGGAGGAUAAGAUCGAGGAGAUCGAGCGAGAGAUCAUCAAGCAGGAGGAGAACGUGGAUCCGGAUUAUUGGGAGAAACUGCUGCGGCAUCACUACGAGCAGCAGCAGGAGGACCUCGCCAGCAAACUGGGUAAAGGCAAGAGGAACCGCAAGCCUGUCAACUACAACGACGCCGCGCAGGAGGACCAAGAAUGGCAUGCUGACAUUUCAGAUAACCAGUCCGAGUAUUCAGUGGGCUCUGAGGAGGAGGACGAGGACUUUGACGAUCGACCAGAAGGCCGAAGGCAGUCGCGCCGCCAGUUGAGGAAUGAGAAGGAUAAACCUCUGCCUCCUCUCCUGGCCAGAGUCGGCGGCAACCUUGAGGUGCUGGGCUUCAACACACGCCAGAGGAAGGCUUUCCUGAAUGCCGUGAUGCGCUGGGGGAUGCCGUCCCAGGACGCUUUCUCCUCCCAGUGGCUGGUGAGGGACCUAAGGGGCAAGACUGAAAAAGAAUUUAAAGCGUACGUGUCUCUCUUUAUGCGUCAUCUGUGCGAGCCGGUGGCCGACGGCGCCGAGACGUUCGCGGACGGCGUUCCGAGGGAGGGCCUGUGCCGCCAGCCGGUCCUCACCCGAAUCGGCGUCAUGUCCCUCGUCAAGAAGAAGAUCCAGGAGUUUGAGCACAUCAACGGGCGGUGGAGUCUUCCAGAGCUCAAGCCUGAGGUCAGCGUGGACAAAUCCUCCUCCAGGGCGUCCUCUCCUGCAGUGAAGACCGCCACGCCCACCCCCGAGGCCAGCUACAACAACACACCGUGCACCUCCACGCCAGCGACCCCUGCUCCAGUAGACAAGCUAGAAAAGAACGGAAAAGAGGGAGAGAAGGAGGAGGACAAAGAGGAAUGUGAGACCCCGUCGGAGAAAGAGAAAGCGAAGGAGAAGGAUGAGGGCAAAGAGGUGGACAGCGACAAGACCGAAGACGCUGAAGAGAGUGUGUCUCCUGGUCAAAAAGCUGAAGGCAAAGAGGAGAACGACCUGAAAGAGGCGGAGGAGAAAGACACAACGGAUACUCCGGGCACCACGACAGAGGAAAAGAGCAAAGAAGAGACGAAACAAACAUCGAAGCAAGACGCAGAGUUAAAAGAGGAGAAAUCGGAAGCUGAGAAGGUGGCAGAGGAGGAGAGGGAAAAAGAGACGCCCACGGCAACGACAGAUGCCAAGGAUAAGUCCGAGGUGGCUGACACGAAGAAAGAGGAGGCCAAAGGUGAAAAGGAUGCUGGCAAAGAAGCCAAAGCGGCUAAGGAGGAGGCACCCAAGGGUAAUGGGAAGCCGCCGGCUGAGCGGCCGCGCUUCAUGUUCAACAUCGCCGACGGAGGCUUCACCGGCUUCACCCCCGCAGAGCUGCACACACUCUGGCAGAAUGAGGAGCGGGCUGCCAUCUCCUCGGGGAAGAUGAACGAGAUCUGGCACCGCCGCCACGACUUCUGGCUGCUGGCGGGAAUCGUGAUUCACGGCUACGCCCGGUGGCAGGACAUCCAGAACGAUCCCCAGUUCGCCAUCGUCAACGAACCCUUCAAGUCGCAGGCGAAUAAAGGAAACUUCCUGGAGAUGAAGAACAAGUUUCUUGCUCGACGCUUUAAGUUGUUGGAGCAGGCGCUCGUGAUAGAGGAGCAACUGCGGCGGGCGGCCUACCUGAACAUGACCCAGGACCCCAGCCACCCAGCCAUGGCGCUCAAUGCUCGCUUCGCAGAGGUGGAGUGCCUGGCGGAGUCGCACCAGCACCUCAGCAAGGAGUCGCUGGCAGGAAACAAGCCGGCCAACGCUGUCCUGCACAAAGUGUUGAACCAGCUGGAGGAGCUGCUGAGCGACAUGAAGGCCGACGUGACGCGGCUGCCCGCAACGCUGUCCAGGGUGCCGCCAAUCGCCGCCCGCCUGCAAAUGUCCGAGCGGAGCAUCCUCAGCCGGCUGGCCAGCAAGGGCACGGAGACGCACACGCCCCCGCCCAUACUGCCUGGACCCUACGCCACCCCUCAGAACUACGGAGCACCCUUCACCCCAGCCCCCCCGAGCGCCCUGCACAUGGGAGGUGCCAACUACAGUCAGAUGCCACCCGGGUCGUUCAUAUCAGAAGCCGCCGCCGCCGCUGGGGCCACCGGUGGAGCUGCUGGGGGAGCCGCCGGAGGGCCAACCGCCGCCAGCGUUUGCCAGAAGACCAAGGAGCACGACGUGGUGCAGCGGCAGCGCGUGGUGGACCUCUGGAAGGACGGCAAGUCGGAGGGGGCCAUCGGGCUGGAGCUGAGGAUGCCCAAGUCCACGGUGCACAGCAUCAUCGUCAAGUACCGGCUCAGCAACACGGUGGAGAACCUGCCGCGCAAUGGCCGACCAAAGAAAACCUGAGGUCGAAGGGGGAGACUCACCGAGGAGGGGGAGAAAAAAUAAAGGAUCUGGAUAGAAGACCCUGGAAUGUAGCAAAAAUAGAGACCGAAAAAGAGACAGUCGAAGAAAAACCUGACUGAAUAUGGAGGACAAGGACAAGGCACCGUAACACUGCAGGAAUGUGAGGAAUAUAAAGGGAGAGCUCAAAGCUCACCGGGUGGAUUGAAUAAGCACGAAGGAAAGGAAAACGGACAGGACAUGAAAAGUGAAAAGAAGUACUGGCACUACGGUCCACAAAAUAAAACAAGCAAUCAACCGCAGGGGGAGAGAGGGGGAAGAGAGGUCCAAAAUACCGAGGGAGAGGUGAAGAGCUGGCCCCAAGAUCAAGCACUAAUGAUGCGUGGGAGGAAAAUGAGGCAGGGAGACAGAAAAAAGGGGAGAGAUGACCUGUCUGGGACAAACAAAUCCUCAAGCGCAGGGUAAAAGGCGCCACUGAAAUAAAAAGAAAAGGAGCCCAAAAAUCCGCCGUUCGGAGCAAAUAAUGUCUGGACCGAAAAGAGAAUUGGGGGGGGGGGAGACAGUAUGUUAAUGCAAUCACAGGUUCUCAAGAAUUCAGAUAUGACAGCCGAAUCGAAGAAAAAUGCAACAAAGGACUUUUUCGCCUCAGACAGAUUUCUCAAGACUUUGUCUUUUUUUUUUUUUCUUUUUUUUCUGUUCCUCCGGAAAAAAGUAAAAGAAACGAUUUCCCCCCGGAUCAAUUCUUCAUCCAUCGGCUGACUGAACAAGCCUGCCCCCUCGCUUUGACCCUGUACUCCCUCAUUCUUCCACAGUCCUCCGCUCCUCCGUCUCUCUUUCUCGGUCUCUCACACACGCACACACACACACACACACACGCACGCACACGCACACACACACACACACACAGAUAUAUGUACACGACCAGACCUCACACACAACCUGAAAACCUGCAAAGAAGUUAAUGUCUGCCGAGUACGAGCAGAUGAGAUCCAGACUCGCAAAAUAUAAAGGGACAAACUGGACUCUGAUUAUCUUGCAAAGAAGGAAAAAAAGGAAAGGGGGAAAAAAAGUUGUCUAAGUAUAAAACACUACUUCCCAUGGACUCUUUUGCCCUAGCAUUCCUAAGUCCAACCGACCGAAUAAGCAAGAACCAUGCAUAUACGAAAAAACUGACAUGUUGCCUUUGACCAACAAUCAGUAGCAAUGUUGCUCUGACCCAAUCAGACGGGCUGGUAUCGAGAUGUGUACUGUAUUCCGAAGCAUAUUUACUUUUGCACCUUUUUUUUUGGAGGGGGGGUCACUCAAAGGGGAAUAUCACUCAAGUGAAGUAUUUACAUUUCCUGUUUUAAAGACUCAUCACAGGGAAAAGGGGAGAAAAGGAAGAAGUAUUUAUGAGCAGCUCGUCCCCAAAAGCCUGAGACUGUAAUCUGUCACAGAAAAGCAAAAGGGGAGACGCACUUUGAAGCCCGAAGAGACGUUUUUUUUUGUUCUUCGAGCUUCUUUAUUGUGACAGAGUGAUGGAUUCCACGCUGGAAAAUGUCCCCUGAUCCCAGGGAAAAUAAAACACUCUGGACUCUGUCAUCGUUUUUCCAGCUGAGUGUGUGUGUGAGUGAGUGUGUGUGUGCGUGUGUGUGUAGAGCUGUACAUCAGUGUGACAUCCCGGCGUGGGGAGCGGGACAAAACUCUUUUGCCUCGUUUUUCUGGAAAGCGGAGAAGUGGACAAUCAGUUACACAGUCCAGACCCUUCCAGGAUACAUACUGUAUGAGUAUUUUUAAGCUAAAAAUUGAGUGGUAUUUCCCUUUGAGCCUUGAAGGAAGUGAAGUCCAGAAAAGUGUUGUACUGGUGCGGCCGGCAAUGAGGAUAUACUGUGUGUGCAGGUCGAGGAGUGAUAAAUGUGUGUAAAUGUUUUUUUUUUCACGUGUUCAUGCGCAUGGUGGCACUUCUGUCUUCAUCAAAACUAGGUAUCUUUUAAAAUGUUCCAUAUCGGUACCAAUAUGGUAUCUUCGCUUCUUCGUGAAUUCCAAAUACAGCUUUGAAGACUUUACUUUGAGGAAUUUAAAUUUCACAAAAGAAGUUAGACUUCUUACAUUGCGUCAGUGCUUAAAGCUACAGUGUGUUAUAUUUAGAAAAAGUUAUAGAGGGAAAUUGAAUAUGUGUAAUCACCUGCAACAAAGAACCAAUGUUUAUUUUUUUGGUCAACUUUGAAUGAGUAAAUCAUAGUUACAUAGGUGGACCCGACUUCCGUGUAUGCCGCCAUGUUUGCUCCAUCAUGUUGAAUACGGUGGCCCAAAAUGGACAAAACUCUCCGGGAUUGGGGUUUUCGGUUGGUUGCGGUUUGCAACUUCACCACCAGAUGCUGCCAAAUAUUACACACUGUAGCUUUAAAAUCUCUUGACACAUAAUUUGCCACUUUUGUAAUUUAAAGCAGCGCUGGUCAACAUUUUUAUAUAAAAACGAUCAAUUUAAAUGACCAUGUGAAUGGGGUCGCUCAAGCUGACAUCCCCACAGAAUUAUGAGCUGACGGUUUCUCUCAGCUCUGCAUAGAGUUUUAUUCUCGCAUUUUUUUUAGCUCAAUGUUUUGGUUUUUACAACCGAAAACUGUUUUGUUUCAGUCCCACUGUCUAAAAAGCUGCAGGCAGCUAGUUUCAGUUAAAACAAACAAACAAACCUUGAUAAAGCCUGUGAUAAAGCAGGUGAAAAGCCUGAUAUUUGCGUCAGAUGCUGGUGGUGGAGACCCAACCAGAGCUAAAAGGUUAAAAAAAUAUUAAGUCGUGCUCAUUCGGUCGACAGAAACACGACUCCGAAGAAAUGUUGGUGGUCUUGUGUGUCUGCUGGAUGUGUUAAUAGGAAACGCAUUAGCUGUACCUAUACGGUUACCUUACCUGUAACCUUACAGGUGAUAUGUCGAUGCUGUGCUGCACCAGCCCCCAAAGUGCUCCAAAAAUUCACCUUAAAAAUGCAAGUUCAAAUCAGGCAGAAUAAUCCCAAUUUGAUAGUUUUUAAAAUGCUCAUUGCUUCAGACACUGGUCUUUAUUAAAAAAAUACUACGGCCUUAAAAUAAAACACAACCGCACUGACAUGGAUUGCAAAUCACUGCCUUAAGAGCGAAUAUCCUUGAUUGAGGAUUUCACCUCCAGCUGACACUUUCAUAAAUGGAUGGAAAAACUCUUUAACAACUCGUUGAUUUAUGAAACUCUUCAUCUCAAGUGUCAGUUGGACAGACUAUUAAUCCCCCCCCCCC